AUGGAUUCAAGCAAGGUCCUGAUUGUAUAUUCCAAAGGCUACAUCGGCGCUUGGAUAACCAAGGCCUGCCUGGCUUCUUCCAAGCACCAGUCCUUCUUUCUCACCGGCCCUACCACUCAUGCCAUCAUUUACAAGCUGCCACUCCUCCUCUCCUACAAGCAAGCAGGUGCUACGCUGGUGGAGGCCUCCCUGGACGACCAUGAAUCUCUGGUCUCCCUCCUCUCUGGGAUCGACUACGUCAUCUCCGCCAUCGCCGAAGAGCAAAUUGAACAGCAGCUCAAGCUCGUCCGGGCCAUCAAGCAAGUUGCAGCCAUAAAGGUCUAUGCAAACCCUGGCCCAGGCGAUUACUCAGCUGGUAGAACUGGCUUCACCAUCAAACCCACCAUAACACCUCAACCAGAUACCAACAGCUAG